AUGUCAGAGGAUCGGAAAAAGAAGAAUGACGAUAUGGCGACCGUGGAGUUCGAGUCGUCCGAAGAGGUCUCCAUCAUCCCGACGUUCGACAAAAUGGGACUUCGCGAGGACUUGCUACGUGGAAUCUACGCUUAUGGCUUCGAGAAGCCGUCGGCAAUUCAACAACGCGCGAUUCCAGCGAUUCUGAAGGCUCGUGACGUCAUCGCACAGGCUCAGUCUGGUACCGGAAAGACGGCGACGUUCUCGAUUUCGGUGCUCCAAUCGUUGGAUACGCAAGUCCGCGAGACACAGGCGUUGAUUCUAUCGCCGACGAGAGAAUUGGCUGUGCAGAUUCAGAAGGUCGUCUUGGCUCUCGGAGACUAUAUGAACGUCCAAUGCCACGCGUGCAUUGGAGGAACCAAUCUCGGCGAGGACAUUCGCAAACUCGACUACGGACAGCACGUCGUCUCAGGCACCCCUGGCCGUGUCUUCGACAUGAUUCGCCGUCGUAACCUCCGCACUCGCGCCAUCAAGCUCUUGGUGCUCGACGAGGCCGACGAGAUGCUCAACAAGGGAUUCAAGGAGCAGCUGUACGAUAUCUAUCGCUAUUUGCCACCUGGAGCUCAGGUCGUGUUGCUCUCCGCCACACUUCCACACGAGAUUCUCGAGAUGACCAGCAAAUUCAUGACGGAUCCGAUCAGAAUUCUGGUGAAACGUGACGAGUUGACUCUUGAAGGAAUCAAGCAAUUCUUCGUUGCCGUCGAUAAGGAGGAGUGGAAGUUCGAUACCCUCAUCGAUCUCUACGACACCCUCACCAUCACUCAGGCCGUGCUUUUCUGCAAUACUCGUAGAAAGGUCGACUGGUUGACUGACAAGAUGAAGGAGGCGAAUUUCACCGUCUCGUCGAUGCACGGAGACAUGGAACAGAAGGAUCGUGAUGAGGUGAUGAAGGAGUUCCGCGCUGGAAACACUCGUGUCCUGAUUUCCACGGAUGUCUGGGCCAGAGGACUCGAUGUUCCACAAGUGUCGUUGGUCAUCAACUACGACCUGCCCAACAAUCGUGAGCUCUACAUCCACCGCAUCGGUCGUUCGGGACGUUUCGGACGCAAAGGAGUCGCCAUCAACUUUGUCAAACAAGACGACGUCAGAAUCCUUCGCGACAUUGAGCAAUACUACUCGACCCAAAUCGACGAGAUGCCAAUGAACAUUGCUGACAUUAUUUAA